GUCAAAUUUUGCCGCCCCUAAAAAGUAAUUUUGCCGCCCCCCUACUCUACGCUACUGUUUACGCAGGCCGCAAAUGAGGAUCGCGAGACUGAAAAUAUGUGCAAGAAUCGCAAUUUACUACGAUGUCGAAAACACACUCUUUUUCGAAACAUCGCCUAUUACGACGGCUUUAAAAAAGCCGAAUAAUAAAGGCAUUUUGAUAUUUAUACCGCCAUGACGUCAGCACCACCACAUGCAUUUUUCGAACCGUCUCUAUUCUAACUCCUAUCCCCACACCGGAGUGACGUGGCUUUUUAAUCUUUAUUAUACACGCGUCAGAUUCUGAAAUUAUAAUUUUAAAAAAUCCAAAAUUCUUCAUUAAAUUCCAGCUCUUUUUAACGCGUAACAAACGAAUUCAACAAUUGAUGUUGUUGUUGUUGUUGCGUAGUUUUGCUCUUGGACGAAGAGUGCGAUUUGGAAAGCGAUUCGAAGAUGUUUUUUGAUGGUAGAGAGUAUCGACCCCUGCCCCAUCUUCCUGGGGAGGGAUUGGAUGUGGAUGUGCGAAGAUUCGCCAGUCCACAAAAUUUGGAUUAUGUUAAGUUUCGAGGCAGAAAGUUGAAGAAAGGCCUCUCGAAGCAGUACGAACCCUCGACCGGUGCUUUCGAAGGUUUGGACGUUUUUGAAAAUAGCAUCAAGCCUGCUUAUAGAAAAGCUGUGAUGAAGGUUCGACCAAUCUGUCAGACGGCCUGCCAACGUUUUAACAGUGAGAGAUUGGUCGAAGAUGUGGAGGAUGAUGGAGUGAACAAUAGAGAGAUUCCUCCACGAAGCAACAAAGAGAACGAAGACUCGGAAGAGCACGAAGAUUGCGUGCAAGAUAAUCUUGGCCAUUCCAGGGGUAGAAAUACAUUGAAGAAAGUCGGGUCGUUCUUUAAGAGCAUGUGGAAACCCGUUAAGAGAUCCGUGCAGAAGGUGUGUAAAAUGGCGAGAAGUGGAGAAUGCGAGUACGUUCGGUUCGAGUAAGGAUCUCUUUGCUUCCAACUGUCAAAUUCGACAAUAAGAUCUGCUCUGUGAUUUGCUGGAUCUGGGCAGAGUUGGCUAAUUAUAUGGUUUUUUCUGCAAACCAUCGAUGACUUCUCCUGAUUUUGACAUCCCGAUUGCGUCAAUGCCAAGUUCGAUUAUGACUUCCCAAUUUUGACUUUAUCCCGGCUGUGUCUCCUUAUUAUUGUCUUUUAGUCAAUUAUCAUUUACCCGAAUUGGUCUACACGAAUUUGGACUCCCGAUUUAUGUCUACUUCACGAAUCUGGACUCUCCCGAAUUACGUCUACCCCGAAUUUGACUCCUCAAUUGUGCCUGUACUCGAAUUGGACUCUCCCGAAUUGUGUCAAACCCGGAUUUGACUCAUGAAUGGUGUCUGCACUCGAAUAUGGACGCUCCCGAAUUACGUCUACCCCUAAUUUGAUUCAUAAAUGGUGUCUAAACUCGAAUCUGGACUCACCCGAAUUACGUCUAUCUCGAAUUUGACUUCAGAAUCCUCUCUAUAUUGAAAUUUGGACUCUUCCGGCUUGUGUCUGUGCUCAAAUUUGACUCCCAAUUUUUGUUAUUCCUGGAACUUGGACUCUCCGGAAUUGUGUUUUAAUUUGUUAUUGGAACGACACGCUCAACAAAUUGAUAUUUGUUAUUCAGACACUAGUAAAAGGAUUAAUUGCAAAACAAAUUUUUUAUACAUAAAACGUUUGAUAAAUUAAUUGAUUAUUAAUAUAUUAAUUAAUAAUUUUAAUCUCAAUUAUAAAUUGUUGUAUAUUUAUAUUUGUAAAACAUUAAUAGUAAUUGUUACGGCCUAAUUAAGGCAUCCAAGCGAUAGUCGAGA